UACGCCACUGCAUUCCAUAGCAACCACUUCUUGCACCUCAAUGUACACAAUUCACAUUUAAAACCAAGCUUAGUUUGUGUUUUGUGCCGUUUCUUUCGUGUCCCUCAAAUUAAACGAGUAUGAAUUUGGAAGAAGAUAUAAAAUAUUUAGUUGAAAAACGGUCUGCAGUAAAACAAGGCCGCAGAGCUGCAAAACCAAACAGCCCCGAGUCGAGCGAUGAAUUGAUUAGCAGGGCUCUUGAAAGUAUGAGCAUAGGAUCGCCAGUUACAAGCACUCAUCCUCAAAGGUCAAGCGGGUGGGCAGAGGAAAACACCGCGGCGAGGAGCAUACCCUUACAAGACGAUGAAAGAUUCCGCAACGAAAAUAAUGUAAUCGAUUUCAAUAACGAUGUUGACAUUCCAAUCAUACCUGAUAUAGACGAAAUACAAGAAGAUAUCUUGCGACCGACCGAAAUCAAACCACCCACAAUUCUCAUUAAUCCUUCAACAUACAAGGAACUGGCCAACGAGCUGACCCAAGAAAACGCUCCCAACGAGUUUUUCUACCUGAGUAAAAGUAAUGACAUAAAUUUGUCUCUACUAACAGGAUCGCUGUGCUUGGAAGAGGAUGUAAAAGAAAAAGAUGAGGAGUGGACUUUAGACAACUUGUUGCACGAUUUUGUUUCUACAUGCACUUUUGCUUCUUAAACAACUUUAUUAACACUUUAAAUUUCCACUGUUGAUUAUUUAAACCUGUAUGAAAUUGUAGAGCUUUUGAAUUAAGUAAACGCACCUCUUAGGAUGGUAAAUAAUUGUGUUAAAAUUAUCUUUCAUUUAUGAUUUAUGUGUGUUCAGUAGAUUGUAUGUUUACCUGAACACUAAAGUGUAUUUUUUGUGAUGUACAGUAAAAGAUCAGAGUGCACAACAUACUCUUUGGUAUACUGUCAAUUAGUUUAAGCAUUAACUAUUGGUAUAUAUAUAACAACUUUUUUUAUUACCUUAUAAAACUAUGUUAUUCUAUUGACUUUUAAUGGAUUUCAUUUUGUACUGUAUCUAAACGCAUCAAUAAAUAAUCUCGACAGUCUAGGA